CCUUCCUCCCCGAUCUCUCAGCUGCGCAGCCCCCAGACUCGCUCGCCGGUGGAGGGACCCGGGACGAGCCAGAGCGCGCUGUUAGCCUGAGGAAGCCGGGGGAGACCCGCUGGGCCGGGCAGAGCCGUCAAGAAUAGCGGAGCCUGCCCUGCACGCCCGGGAGCGAAGUGAGAGCGAGGCAGAGUUACGUGAGGCAGCGCAGAGUAAGUGGGCUCGGGUCCGACUCGAGGUCGGGCUCGGGACCGAGACUGGUGGGCCAGGCCCCCGAGCCGGCGUUACCCCCGGUCUGAGGAGCACCGAGCGGACACAGAGGGACGGACCGAGCAAGGACUCAUGGCCUCGCCAUUCCUGCCCGCGGGGGCCACCACGGGCGACAGCGGCGGCGAGCUGAGCUCGGGGGACGACUCCGGUGAUGUAGAAUCCCUUCAGAGCCCCGAGACCGAGGCGUCCGGGAGCCUGACCGAGCUCUUUGAGAAGGCUGCAGCGCACCUCCAAGGCCUGGUUCAAGUGGCCAGCAGGGAGCAGCUCUUGUACCUGUAUGCCAGGUACAAGCAGGUCAAAGUUGGAAAUUGUAAUACUCCUAAACCAAGCUUCUUUGAUUUUGAAGGAAAGCAAAAAUGGGAAGCAUGGAAAGCACUUGGUGAUUCAAGCCCCAGUCAAGCAAUGCAGGAAUACAUUGCAGUAGUUAAGAAAUUAGAUCCAGGUUGGAAUCCUCAGUUACCUGAGAAGAAAGGAAAAGAAGCAAAUACUGGUUUUGGUGGCCCCGUUGUUAGUUCUCUGUAUCAUGAAGAAAUCAUCAGGGAAGAAGACAAAAACAUAUUUGAUUACUGCAGGGAAAACAACAUUGACCAUAUAACCAAAGUCAUCAAAUCGAAAAAUAUGGAUGUGAAUAUGAAAGAUGAAGAGGGCAGAACUCUACUCCAUUGGGCGUGUGAUCGAGGACAUAAAGAACUAGUCACAGUCUUGCUACAAUAUAGAGCUGAUAUUAACUGCCAGGAGUCACUUUCAUGUGUGCGUAUUUCUUUCCCAGGAGACUAUUUGAUAAGAACACUACCGUUACUAAAGGCUUGAAAAAUUGCUGAUUUGUAAAUUUAUGACAUAUCCUUUUGUAGACUGUACCUUCCAAAUAUACAUGUAAUUCUCAGCAUUUUAAGGGCAGAGUUUGUGCUUUAAUUUUGUAUUGCUUUUAAUAUUGAAAUUACUACUAGACUCUUAGACAUUCUGAUGAAAUCUUUCCUUUAUGUUCCCUCAAGCUAAUCAAAACUCAAAAUUUUAGUAAUCAAAGAAGUAAAAGGGUUUUUGUUAUGUCAGAAACAUCAGUUGAAAAUAUAUAGAGUUUUAGGAUUCCCUUAUAAAGGGAAUUAUAAAUCCUUUCUAAAU